GUGUGUGAACAGGGAUUGUCCUCGGUGCUGAGCGCUCAGCUCUGAAUGUUUGAGGAAGAUAAGGUAAUAGGCUUCAGAGGGCUGAGGGGUGGCAUGCUGGGAAAUAAAGCAGGGUUAGAGGAAGUAACGCCGCCCUGCUGUUCAGGUUUCACCUCCGCGUGGACACAGGAGGACAAAGGACCAGCGGACGACCACAGUCUGGAUGAGGGUCAAUAUGUUUGUGUGUUUCUUCAAACAGGAUUAAAGAAAAAGAGACUCAAACAUGGGUUGUUAUGGACUCCUCAAAGUCAUGAUGUUCGUCUUCAACGGAAUCAUCUUCCUGGCAGGAGCGGCCAUCUUGGCUGUGGGCAUCUGGGUGAAGGUGGACAGCGGCUCUGUCCUCAACUUCCUGGGAGAAAUUGAGAACGCGCCAGAGGAGCUGAGUCAGGUGUUGAACGUGGGCUACCUCCUGAUCGCCAUCGGAGCGCUGCUGGUCGUCAUCGGGUUCCUGGGCUGCUGCGGCGCCAUCAGAGAAAACAAGUGCAUGUUGCUGCUGUUCUUUUUGAUCGUCCUCCUGGUCUUCAUAGCGGAGGUGGCAGGAGCGGUGGUGAUCCUGGUCUUCAGACCCCUGGUGGACCAGAUUUUCGAGAAGCUCGGCACCGCGGCCGUUCAGAACAUCCAGAACGACUACGGUCAGAACCCAGACGUCACGGGGCUGUGGGAUACGACCAUGACCACGUUAAAGUGCUGUGGGUUCUACAACUCCUCGGACUUCGUGGGUUCUCCGUACUACGAAGAGCACCACAUGUACCCGCCCCUCUGCUGCCCCGGCACCAACUCCUCGUGCAGCCAGGCGUCGGCCGGCAGUGAAUCGACAAUCACAGGCUGCUUCCCAAAGAUCCUGGCCUUGAUCAAGAACAACACGGUGGUCAUCGUGGGAAUAGCGCUGGGAAUCGCAGUUCUGGAGAUUUGUGCCAUGGUCGUCUCCAUGAGUCUUUACUGCAGAGUAAAGUCCAGCAGUGCCUGACCUUUGACCUCCAGAGGAGACCAGGCCUUCAUCCUUUUUUCCGACAGCGCAAUCAGAACGACUGAGAAACUCUUUUCUUCCUGUUUUAUUUAAACCUAACGAUCGAUUCAUGUUCAACGCCGCUCCUCACACCACGUCAGACGACAUGCUGCCUGUUUGAACGGUUGCCCACGGCGACCGUCUCUGUAACACACAGCCAUUCAGUUGUAACUAGGCAGGAAAUGACUCUGUGCUACUGACGGUGA